AGUACACGCUCAUCCUUUGAAAGCAGGUUUUAUUAGAUUCAACAAACCUUUCAUACAAAACCAUAGAUAACAAUAUAUUUUUAAUAAAAUAUAGAAAUUACAAGAUAUUAUAGAUACGCUACUGUACGCUACCGAGGGGAAAACCGCUAUUACACAAUUGGAUCGAUGCGACUGCACAUAACACUAGAACGUUCAUUACGUCCUUUAUUUUAAAUAAUUCGCACUGUAUUCAUAAUUUAGUACUUAGUAGUCACAAACAGUCACAACUGUCACAAGUCACAAGGUUACUGCGUUGCGGCCAAGUGCGUUGUUUUUAUGACGUAUGUUUGUUUCGUUGUUACGUUAAAAUCGAAACAUUUCCGUGAUCGAGCAACUGUCGUCGUUUAUUUAAACGUUUACUGGAAAUAGAUCGAAAUAUAUCGCCGCGAUAGAAAGUACUUAUUGGGAGCUUUAAUGUUUUAUGUAGUUUAAUUAUUAUUUUCACAUCCUGAUACUGCCAAUGCCAAUUGAUAUUUUUUCAAACCUCUGUAGUCAAAUGCCUGUAUUUUUGCAAAACGAAUUAUAUAAGCAUUUAUAAAAGCGUUAAUACAAUUAAUGGAAAUAAGUUUCGUAAACCUGGAAAUAUGUCUUUCAUGAUGUCGAGCACAGAGGUUGCCACUUGUGGUGAUACAAACACAACACUCGGAAUCGACGAAGCAUGCUUUUAUAUUUUUAAUUUGUAUAAUUACCCUGUUCUAUUUUAUACCAUAGCAUGGGAGGCUUACUGGGGCAAUGGUAUGUUACAAGCUCGUUUACCACCACAACAAAAUACAAGUGUAGUACUAUCGACGAAACAUCCAUUACAUAUAUAUUAUAAAGUUAAGGAAAAGGGACAACUCCUAGAAUAUUGCCAUGAAACGUAUCCUUUCAAGGAACAUGGAAGUUACGGAUGGAAUAUAUCAUCCGAAAGUUUAUGUUCUCAUAUUUAUGUAUUACGUGAACCAACAGAGAAUUAUCUCUACAUUGUUAAAGCAGUUAUGAUAUAUAUUUUACUAGCAAUUCUGUGGACAACAUCAAAGGUUCUCGUGCGAGUGAUAAGAGGAAAAUUGAUGCCUGAUAACGUACACGAUGAUUUAGAUAGACUCCAAGAGACUGAGGUUUCAACACAUCCGGUGAUUAGAACUACAAAAUCCAGUACUAGAAUACGUUCUGUGGAUGCAUUUAGAGGACUCUCCGUAUUGUUGAUGAUAUUUGUCAACAAUGGCGGUGGAAAAUACGUGAUAUUUAAUCAUAGCGCAUGGUUUGGACUCACUAUAGCAGAUUUGGUACUUCCUUGGUUCGCAUGGGUUAUGGGAUUGACGAUAGCGAUAUCGAAACGCGCAGAACUUCGCGUAAUGACUUCGCGUAUAAAGAUAACUUUACGUUCUCUUCUACGGUCGGUAAUAUUGAUAUUCCUUGGAUUAAUGUUGAAUUCGACCCAGGAUAAUUCUUUCACCAAUCUUCGUUUUCCUGGUGUCCUACAAUUAUUGGCUGUAUCGUAUUUCGUUUGCGCCACGUUGGAAACAAUUUUCAUGAAACCUCAUUCUCAGGAUACGUUACUUCAGUUCGGACGUUUCGCGUCGUUUCGGGAUAUCCUGGAUAGCUGGCCGCAGUGGUUGAUCAUGACAUGCAUCGUAACCACUCACACUUUAAUCACGUUCCUCCUACCUGUACCGGAUUGCCCAAGAGGUUACCUUGGACCUGGUGGACAAUACGAUCAUCGCGGUAAAUACGCGAAUUGUACCGCAGGCGCGGCUGGCCAUAUAGACAGAACGAUCUUUGGAACUCAUAUAUAUUCAAAGACAAACGAUUCUGUUUAUGGUCCCAUCUUACCCCAUGAUCCAGAAGGAUUAAUGAAUACCAUAUCAGCUAUAUUGAUCGUUUACUUGGGCGUUCACGCUGGCAAGAUUCUAUUGCUUUAUUAUCAAUAUAAUUCUAGAGUAAUCAGAUGGGUAUUAUGGGGAAUACUAACGGGUAUCAUUGCUGGAAUUUUAUGCAACUUCGAGAGGCAAGGGGGAGUGAUUCCUGUCAGCAAGAAAAUGAUGUCGUUGUCAUUUGUUUUGACUUGCUCCUGUUUUGCUUUCUUAUUGUAUGCUGUUUUGUAUGUUCUUAUCGAUUAUAGACAGUAUUGGAGCGGAGCUCCGUUUAUUUAUGCCGGAUCGAACCCAAUUUUUCUUUACGUGGGUCAUGUAUUAACAAAAGACUUGUUUCCAUGGGCAUGGAACAUAUCUAAUCCCAGUCACGAAUCUUAUUUAUAUAUGAAUUUAUGGACAACGACAUUAUGGGGAAUAAUCGCAUACUUACUCCACCGAAAAGAUAUUAUUGUAACUGUAUAAAAAGUAUAUGCAUCAGUACGAUAUACGUUUACAACUAAAUACCUAUGUAUCUUAAUAUAAUGAUAUUAGUUUAAACACUUAUUUUCAACGUUAUAUUUUAUUUUGAUAAAUAAAAAUAAUAAAUAUCUUA